GAGAGUUCCGUGUGGUGCAAUCAUCUAACUUAGUCGGCUGGUUGUGUUGCAACAGCAUUGAGGAAAAAUGUUGUGGAAGCAUAUGUGCAAUUACAGUCCUUGCAAAAGGCUGAGUAUUCCCUGAAGUGAUACAAGGCAUCAUAAACAUGUCUUCCAUACAAGAACUUCAAUGCCCAUCUGGCUCAGUGCAAUCAUUUUUGAGUUUGUAAUUUGCUCUUAGGUGCCAAAGUGGUGAGAUCGUUUGAGUGGCUUAGAUUAACCGAAAUGCGGGUAAAUGCACGGAGCCUAAAUGCAGAGGCUCGGGAUCCGCAGGGAUGAACACACAACUUCAAUGCAUAGAAGAAAGAAACAUGUUGCUCCAGAAAACAAAGCCCCAAAACUUUAACGUCCUCUUCAACGCCAUUGAAUUUUCUGAGCCUCUCGUUACAUUUGGACAACCCAAUAAUUCUCAUCCCAUGUUGCCUCAAACCACACCACUUUCACAGCAAAGUUCUCAACAUUGCCAUCCAAACUAUUCUCUGGAUAAUGUUACCUAUACAAAAUUGAUCCAGCACUCUACCAAAACUGGGUCUUUAGUCCACGCCAAGCUUGCUCACGCCCACAUGGUAAAAACUUGUUUUAAGCCCUGCCUGUUUUUGUUGAACAAUCUUCUUAAUAUGUUCUGCAAGUGUGGAGAAUUGGAUAGUGCAUGCAAUUUGUUUGAUAAAAUGCCGAAGCGUAAUGUCAUUUCAUACAACUCCUUGAUUUCUGGAUAUACCCAGGUGGGUUUGUUUGAUAAGGCAAUGGGUGUGUUUAAUGAGGCAAGAAUGGCUGGUUUGAAACUUGAUAAGUUUACCUAUGCGGGUGCUUUGUGUGUGUGCGGUCAAACUUGUGACAUUGAGCUAGGUAAGCUGGUUCAUGGCUUAAUAGUCCUUAGUGGGUCGAGCUCAGAUGUUGUUUUGACCAAUUCUCUUAUGGAUAUGUACUCAAAGUGCGGCCGGCUUGAUCAUGCCAGGAUUUUGUUUGAGAAUUCUGAUAACUUGGAUGAUGUCUCAUGGAAUUCCUUGAUUUCUAGUUAUGCUCGAAUUGGUGCUAACGAGGAAACAUUGAGAACUCUGGUGAAAAUGCAUCAAUGUGGUUUCAGCUUGAAUACAUAUACACUGGGAAGUGCCCUUAAGGCAUGCUGCAAAAUUUUUGAUAAUUCAGAACUAUUUGGGAAAUUACUUCAUGGCUACACGGUCAAACUGGGGUUGGACUUGGAUGUCGUUGUAGGCACAGCAUUGCUUGAUAUGUAUGCAAAGACCGGUGAUUUAGGUGAUGCGAUUCAAAUAUUCAAAGUCAUGCCUUACCGUAAUGUUGUAAUGUAUAAUGCCAUGAUUGCUGGGUUCCUCCAAAUAGAUACUUUUUCUUAUGAGCACGCAAAUGAAGUGUUCAAUCUUCUUUCUCAGAUGCAAAGGCUAGGAGUUAAGCCCUCAACAUUUACUUUCUCAAUAAUACUUAGAGCUUGUAAGUCGGUUGAAGCUUUUGAGUACGGGAAGCAAGUUCACACUCAAGUCUGCAAGUACAACCUGCAGGGAGAUGAAUUCAUUGGAAGUGGACUUAUCGAUUUCUACUCUUCAUUGGGUUUAUUUGAGGAUGCUUUGAAAUGUUUUAACUUAACUCCUAGGCUAGAUAUUGUCUCAUGGACAUCCAUGGUUGCAGGUUAUAUUCAAAAUGGGGAAACUGAAAGUGCAUUUGAUUUAUUCUAUAAAUUCUUGGCAUCCGGAAAGAAGCCUGAUGAAUUCAUAAUAUCGAGCAUGCUGGGUGCAUGUGCUAAUUUGGCUGCCGCACGGUCUGGAGAGCAGAUCCAAGGAUAUGCUGUAAAAGCUGGUGUCGGGAAAUUCACUAUUGUUCAAAAUUCACAGAUUUGCAUGUAUGCAAAAUCUGGAGACAUUGAUUCUGCUAAUUUGACCUUUACAGAGACAGAGAAUCCUGAUGUGGUGUCCUGGUCCGUAAUGAUCUGUAGCAAAGCGCAACAUGGAUGUGCAAGGGAAGCCUUGGAACUUUUUGAGUUGAUGAAGAAUUGUGGAAUUGCACCCAACCACAUCACGUUUCUUGGAGUUCUGACAGCAUGCAGUCAUGGAGGGCUUGUAGAAGAAGGUUUACGAUAUUUUGAAAUCAUGAAGAAUGGUUAUGGCAUGACAACCAAUGUACAGCACUGUGCCUGCGCUGUUGAUCUCCUGGGUCGUGCUGGAAGGCUAGUGGAUGCUGAAAAUUUCAUUUUCAACUCAGGUUUUGAGGACAAUCCAGUUAUGUGGCGAGCCUUGUUGAGUGCUUGCAGGGUUUAUAAGGACACUGUUGCUGCAAAACGUGUUGCAGAGAAACUAAUUAAUCUUGAACCUCAGGCUGCUGCAUCUUAUGUUCUUCUGUACAACAUUUACAAUGAUGCUGGCAUAGAGUUACCAGCCAAAAAGAUCAGGGAGUUGAUGACAGAUCGAGGAGUUAAGAAGGAACCUGGUCUAAGUUGGAUAGAGGUAGGAAACAAAGUUCAUUCUUUUGUUAGUGGUGAUCAAUCUCACCAAAUGAUCCAAUUAAUUUAUGCUCGGUUGGAAGAAAUGUUGGGUAAGAUAAAGAAAAUAGGUUGUAUGAUUACUUCUGGACCUGAAAUCAAGGACAGAAAAGUGGUACACUACCACAGUGAAAAGUUAGCUGUAACUUUUGGAAUAAUCAGCUUGCCACAAUCAGCUCCAGUGAGGGUGAUGAAGAACUUGAGAGUCUGCUCUGAUUGCCAUACAACAAUGAAGCUCUUCUCAGAGGUGGAAAAAAGAGAAAUAAUCCUAAGAGAUCCAAUUCGUUUUCAUCAUUUCAGAGAUGGUGCUUGUUCUUGUAGAGAUUACUGGUAGCCGCAUUCAGAAUGUAUUGAGAUUAAAUUCUUGGAUAAAUGCUCUCUUGUGGUCAUCUGGAUUCUGGAGAUAAAUCUUUUCUCUACAUAUUUAAUAGGAAGUACAAGAGUCCUUCAGUCAAAAGAAUUAGAAUAGCUGGAUCCUCUUUGGAAGAUGGUACAUGAGAUAGAAUUAAAUAGGAAGCUAAAAAGAGUCUGCUAUGAAAAACCAGUUUUGCUUCAUCUGUACACCAGUUUGGACUUAUCUGUACGCCGGAUGAUCAAGUAUGUCAAAGGAGUCAGCCCUUUCAUUUAUGAUUGGGAAUGCUAGGUAGAAAUGCAAUUGGUGGACUUCUUGGUACACCUUGGAACUGUCUCAUCUAUGUCAGGUAACUUUUACUCCUAUGAGAUUAAGAUGGUGAAAAGGAGGGUCCGAACUCUUUAUAACAACAGUUGGACAUAUUCACAGUCGUUUGUUCCUUGAAUAUUUUAGAAAAGUAACAUUCAGGUGGUUAACUUCAGUAGAUCUUUGGAAACUUUCUAAAGCCCCUGGUUUGUUACCUCCCUACAACACUUUACAUAUGAUGGAGAUGCUUGUUGAGAUUGAUCCUUAAACACUUUAGCUUGUAACCUUCUUGUACAGUCGUGCUCAUGUGAGGUAUGCGACUAUUUCUUUGAUUUUACAAAAGGCAUGUGAUUCAAUCCUUUAUUUAACUUCUUGAGGAAAUCUCUGUCAAUCUCAGUGUGUUUAUUCAUUCUUGUUGAACUAGGUUAUUAGGAACAAUAAUAGAAACCAUAUUAUUAUAUAUAGCCUAAUUGGUCUGUCGCAAGAAAAUACCAAGUCAUUCAUUGACAUUUGGAGUACAACUUCAAGUAACUAUGGCUAGGAAAGUGUAUUCCUUUGCCUGGAGCAGGAUUCAGGUUUCUCAGGGUACUAAACAACCUCUAGGUGGAGAGCACUAAACAACCUCUAGGUGGAGAGCACAUCGGUCAUGCAUGAAUUCUCUAGCAAUUCUUACCACAUACGCUAUGUUUGGUUAUGUCUGAGAGACACAUAUCAAACUUCCCACAAGACUUUGAUCCAGUUGACUACCUCUACCAGUUCAAGUACUGACGAUUUGCUUCAAUGGGAGAGUUUGCUGGUUUGAAACAUAAAAUACCAGACUACUCAGCCUCUUCUCAAAUAUCGAGAAUGUACUUGUUCUGAUAGAUGAAAAUGCCUUUGUCAGAUCUGGAAUCUGCAGUCCCAAGAAUUUGAAAAUUUCCAAAAUGUUUAGUUUCAAGCUCCUGGCUAAAGGGGCAAUCUAAAUGCUUCUUCCGAAUCCUUUCUUGUCACCACUUUAAUCUAAUAACACAAUGCUUAUUCUGGUUUUACAGGAGCAAUGUACAAGAAUGGGAUCAAAUGUAGAUUUCUCCCUGCCGCUAGUCAUUGGAUUAUCUCCCUUUAUAUCCUUCUCAAACGCAAGUUCUGAAAGCAUCCCCGUUACUUCUUUGUAUUCU